AAAAAUAUCAUACGGAGCUAGCGGAGAAAAUGGGAGCCCUAGAUUCUCUCUCUGAUUAUCUCUCUGACUAUUUCAGCGUUUCCAGAAAAAGGAGGAAGCGUAAAGUCAUGCAGACGGUGAACAUAAAGGUGAAGAUGGACUGCGAUGGCUGCGAACGCAAAGUGAAAAACGCCGUUUCCUCCAUGAAAGGGGUGAAAUCGGUGGAGGUGAACAGAAAGAUGAGCAAAGUGACAGUAAGUGGGUACGUGGAUGGGAAGAAAGUGUUGAAGAGGGUGCAGAGGACUGGGAAGAAGGCGGAGAUGUGGCCGUACGUUCCGUACAAUCUGGUGGCGUAUCCGUACGUGGCGGGAGCGUACGACAAGAAAGCUCCGGCCGGAUUCGUGAGGAGAGUGGAGGCGGCCAUGCCUCCCCCCGACGCUCCCCCGCACGAGAAUCUCGUCUCCCUCUUCAGCGACGAUAAUCCCAACGCAUGCUCCAUCGUCUAAUCAAUAUACAUAUAUACGUAGAUGUGUAUGUUUUGGAUACAUGUAUGUAUGUAGAUAUAUAAGAGUUGCAACCACUAGUAAGUAGUAAAAAAUAUCAUAUACGAUAUUUUUUACUUUCGGUUGAAAGAUUACGUGACGCUGGAUGAUGAUACCGGACUUUUAGGAUCAAUUUAUAUAUCAGACUUUUACAAUCAA